UUUUUUAAACACGGUCAGGGAAACCUCACAUAGAGCGACCCCAAUCGUAGUAAAAAGACAACAUCCAUGAUGAAAAACUAUGGUUGUUUUGCUCUCGGUUGUUUCUCCCGCUUCUCCAUAAACAGAUUGUUUAUGUUUACGUUCAACAGUAUGCGAAUGAUUGCAAAAUGGCUUGUGCGGUGAAAAAUUGCAACCGAACUAAAAAACAGUCACCAGAUGUGCAUUUUUUCUCGGUUCCGAAAAACUUAGAGAUCAGAAGGAUGUGGUUAAAUCGAUGUGGUAUUUAUGUUGAAAACCCUAUGCCGAAGUUGCUGGAAACAAGCAAAUUGUUUGUUUGUGAGAAUCACUUCGAGCCAAACGAUUACCGGAGUAUUAAUGUGAAGUCCGAGAAUGAUAGCCAACGAAAACGACUGUGGUUACAUGCUGACAUCGUUCCGCAUAAAAAUUUACCUUCAAAAUCUCAUUUGGAUCGAUAUUCGUUCCUCGACAUUGAAACAGAUCCUUUGGAACUUUCCUCAGAAUUUUCGUUGGAUGAUUCCAACAGCUCAAGUCUUUCAAAAUCAGGAGAAAAUCCAGGAUGUUCCCAGCAUCUUAAAAGACCCAAGCUUGCUGAUAUAAGCCUGAAAGACAACAUUCAACCAUGGUGCAAACCAAAGCUGGUGGACCGGAGUGUUGCCACGGAUAAUCUGCUGGUAUCAUCUGUAUCAGUACAAUGUAAUGUGGUGGUUGCAAACAAGGGGACACAAACCGCACAUCAGAAUAUGCCAAACAGAAUGUAUCCGUCCACGCCAAACCUUUACGUCUCAAGUCCAUCAAGCUCAUCUGUGCAACCCAGUGAAGGAUCUGUUGGGAGUGUCUAUUUACCAAGUACAGCUAGUUUUCACGACUUUAGAGUUGAAAGUUCUAGUCAGGAAGUUCAUUGUGAAAUUCAAAGGAUGGUCAAAACCAAAUCAAUGAACUAUUUAGGAAUUUCAAAUGAUAACUUCUUUGUUAUUACUGCACUAAAUGAAACAACAGGAAUAAGUGAAAGGGAUUUACUCAUAGUUUUACGCAAAAUAAGGCUCAAUGAAUCAUUUGAGAUUUUAGGUGACUCUGUUGGUUUGACAGGUGCUCGAGUAGGUCAAAUUUUUGAUGCAUGCGUACCUAUAGUUGCUAGGGAGAUGAAAGAGUUGAUAUUUUGGCCGAAAUCUAACGACAUAAACAAAUUUUUACCACUUUCGUUUCUCAACAAAUACUUCUCCGUGAAAAGUAUCAUACGGGCCUAUUCUGCGCGGCGUGUGAGGUGACACGAGUCGAAUGAGGUGACAAUUGUCGACUCGCUCCCAAUUGAUUAACA